AAUUUAACCACCGGAACAGGAAAUAUAAUUGAUCUACCAACGCUCAUAUGAUACCUAAUGUCAAAAUGUCACAAAUGCUCAUUUUCGGUGUUUUAUUUACGUUUUUUAUGCUGGUCAAUACAGAUAAAACUCCGGCACUGAUAUGGUCUCCAAACAGGCCUCUGAGUGGUCUGUCUCCAAGCUACGCAGGGGAGACUAUCCAGGCCGACCAUUUCCUGGACAACUACCUGACACCCCUGACUACCGACCCUGCCCAGUCCCUUAUUGUGUUCGUUCAGAACAAGCUAAGUGUUGAAGAUUUUACAAAGCAUGCCGAUGUCUACAACCCUAACAGUGAUGGUGGUGCAUUCAGGAAUGUGAAGGCUGCAAUGGAUGAGAACUUCUCUGUUCACCUCCCUGAGAUUGCCUCACCUACAUCUGCCGUUCAGAAACUUUCCACCUCCUUCACUGGAGAGCGAGUCACAGUUGACAGCCCCACUGACCUGGAGAACAUGGACCUGAAGCCAGGGACACAGUACCUCAUCAUAAUCAGUUUGAAACCAAUCUCUGGCAAAGAUGAGUUCUCUGAAUUCAAAAUGAAUGAUGAGGAUAUCGGUAAGUGUCUACACCACCUGAGCCGUCGAGGUCUGCAGUACAGCGCCGUCUACACCGCAGAGGCCUCGCAGGUGUCAGAGGAAGCAGUCCACAGUGGACGUCAGCUGCUGGCCGCAGAAGAUGCUGCAGACAACACGACAUACAAUGGCACGUUCUACAAUGUGCAGAACGUUCUCAUGUAUCUCCAGUAUGUGAACUUGACUAUCACUCGUAAAGCCAUCGGCGCUGGAAAACCUCGUUUAGAGACCUACCAGUGGAACUUCAAAACACCAAAUAUCACAGUGGAACAGUGUAAUGACACGAUCAAUGGUUCAUUAGACUGUGUAGCAACCCCUCACGGAGACUACAACGCUCUCAGAAUCAACAUGACUUUUGACAAUUCGAAUGGGACAGCAAAUUUACGGUUUACGAUAAAGCAGACUGACAACAUGGGCUCCCAGUGGAAGUCGACCAGGGGCACCGUGGACCUCACGCCCAGUUCCGAAGGUGUGACGCUUACUGGAAUGGACGUUGACUACAACAUAGAGUCGAUCAGGGGAUUCUGUUUUCACUGUGCUCGUCUGUAUACUAAACCAAGCGUUCGCAACUUCACAAGCAACGCAACUGUGUACCCCAGUGAUGUGGAAAAGAUCACACUCACUAUGACACGCUUCCAGAUUGAAGUUUCUUUCAACACCAGUAAGGGAUUAGGCGGGCGUGAUUUCACUAACACAUCUAUCCCAUUCUCUACGGAUGUCUGGGAGUGCGUGGAAUUCUUCACUGUCCCGAUCUGGAUGGGGAUCAUCUCUACGCUCUUCCUCAUACUAAUCUUGUUCUACGGACUCACUAUGAUCGCAAACAUCACAACCAUGGACAGAUUUGACGACCCCAAGGCAAAAACCAUCACCGUCACUGUUAAUGAGUAGCAAAUGAUGAAAGGAUGUUAAUACGAGACAUGACGCAUCUUCUUUGAAUUAACUACCGAACAUACUAUGAAAAUAUACAUACAUGCAGAUUUUGCUGUUACAUUGAUUCUUUGUUCACAUGAUUGAACGUCGGCUUGUAUUCUGUAUCAAUAGUAAGUACUCAAAUUGAACAUUCUAUUUGCUUGUAUAUCAUAUGUUGGCAAACUUAUCCAAUAAAAAUUAUAUAAAGAAUUCAGUCAUUUAUAUGUACUCGAUGUACACAUGUUGUUGUGGCAUCAUGAUUCACUAUUUUUAUCCGGGGGUUGUCUCAAAGGGGUUAAUGUGAAACAAAGCGGUAGCAAAAUAUUUUCAAAGAAUGUAACUCCAGGAACGAUUCAAAUUACCGUAAAUCAGAUUCGAAUAUGGAAUUAGAAAAUUUCAGUUAUAUAUUGACGGACAGACUGACAGACGGGCGAAGUGCAUUCCUAUAAUCCCCUCCCCACUCCGUGGCGGGGAAUUAAAAAUAAAUACCAACUUUGA